UGUCUUUAACAGAGCAGUCUAGCGGUAGUUAGCAUUCAGUCCUGGGCAGCGGCGGAGGCUGCGCAUGCGCGUCCCUUUCACCGUGCCUGAAUGCUGUGAAGGGUUUGAGGGGAGAGACCCCGGGGCUGCUUUACUUACAGACUGCUGAAAUGGAUGGAGCGGAGCGGAAAAGAGGCGUCCGCGCCAGGCAAGAGCCACAGGCUCCGAGGAGCACCAUGAAAGACGGGAAGGUAAAGGAGGACACGGUGCCAGAUAGAGUGACCCUCAAAAAAGAAAUCGGACUGCUGAGCGCCUGCACUAUUAUCAUAGGUAACAUCAUUGGUUCAGGAAUCUUCAUCUCUCCUAAAGGGGUUCUGGAGCACUCAGGCUCUGUUGGCUUGGCACUGGUGGUGUGGGUGCUGGGUGGGGGCAUAGCUGCCCUGGGGUCCCUCUGCUAUGCUGAACUCGGAGUCACAAUCCCCAAAUCAGGGGGAGACUACUCAUAUGUUACAGAGAUUUUUGGAGGCCUUGUGGGCUUCCUUCUGUUAUGGAGUGCUGUGCUCAUCAUGUACCCUACCACUCUGGCUGUCAUAGCCCUCACCUUCUCCAACUAUGUCCUACAGCCUGCCUUUCCUAACUGUGUGCCUCCCUAUAUGGCCACACGAAUGCUCUCCGCCACCUGCAUAAUAUUUCUGACAUGGGUGAACUGCUCUAGUGUACGUUUAGCCACACGUAUCCAGGAUAUCUUUACUGUGGGGAAGCUGCUGGCACUGGGCCUCAUCAUAGCAGUAGGACUGCUCCAGAUCUAUAAAGGUAACUAUGAAGGUCUUACUCCACAAAUAGCAUUUGAGUUUUAUAAGACUCCAUCAGUGGGGCAGAUUGCUCUGGCCUUCCUUCAGGCCUCCUUUGCCUUCAGUGGAUGGAACUUUCUCAAUUAUGUCACAGAAGAGGUGGUGGACCCUAGGAGGAACCUUCCUCGUGCUAUUUACAUCUCCAUUCCCUUGGUGACUUUUGUCUACACACUCACCAACAUCGCCUACUUCUCCUCCAUGUCUCCAGAGGAGCUGCUGUCCUCCAAUGCUGUAGCUGUAACGUUUGGGGAGAAGUUGCUUGGAAUGUUCUCCACCAUCAUGCCCAUCUCUGUGGCACUCUCCACAUUUGGAGGCAUUAAUGGCUACCUCUUCACCUCAUCCAGGCUGUGUUUCUCAGGUGCAAGAGAAGGACACUUACCCAGCUUACUGGCUAUGAUUCACUGUAAAAGCUGCACCCCAAUCCCAGCUCUGCUUGUCUGUUGCACUGCCACAAUCGUAAUCAUGUGCAUUGGUGAAACACAUAAUCUUAUCAACUAUGUAUCCUUCAUCAACUACCUCUCCUAUGGAGUCACCAUUGCUGGCUUGCUGUAUUAUAGAUGGAAGAAGCCAAACCUGUACAGGCCUAUCAAGGUGAGUUUGCUGGUUCCUGUGUGUUACCUGCUCUUCUGGGCGCUGCUGCUGGGCUUCAGCCUGCACUCAGAGCCUGUGGUCUGUGGGGUGGGUUUGGUCAUCAUGCUCACUGGAGUACCUGUCUACUUUCUGGGAGUGCACUGGAAAGACAAGCCAAAGUGUAUCUAUGACUUCAUUGAGUGGGCCACGUAUUUGGGUCAGAGAGUGUUUUUUGUGGUUUUUCCCCACAUUGACCCAACUGAAACCGCAACACCAACAGAAUGGACUGACAAGUCUUCCAUCACAAGCAAGGCCUCUGGACCGGUUUGACUUUUAUAUUUGUGUAUGACUGUUUACUCUCUUAAUUGUUUCAAGGUCUUUUGUUUUGUUUUUUAAUUAGACCUUAGAAAUGGGUCCCCUUAUUAUAAAGCCCUAGAAUUUGGUUCUUGGGUACACUUUCAAAUGCAAAUGUCCAUUUGUUAAUUCAUGGACCUUACAUAAUUUUUGUAUGUACAUGUUUAAUGCAAUUUAAAGUCAGUAUGUUAAUGCUUCCUGUAGAUGUACAUUUAUAUACAUUUAAAGUAUUUCUAACAGCCUGUUUGAUAUACUUAAAUGCCCAUUUGGUUUAACCUAUGCUGUUAUUGUGCCUUACCAGGGAAGAUAGACUGCAGUUAGUUCCUCAGAAGUAACUGGAUUUAUAUGCUCAGAUUUAUUGUCACUCUUUUAGCUGAGGAGCUAUGAGCACAUCAACUUUUUUCAUACCAGGUAUUUUAGUAUUUUCAUGUUGAUCAAGAACUUGAAAGUAUACAAAAAUUGAAGACCAAUAAGGACUAGGGCUCAAGAUAUUUAUUGCUAUAUGUCAUUUAACAAAGUCUGAAAGACUUGAGAGAGGUGCUAAAAUGCUCCUGUCACUGUUUGCAGCAUCUGUUACCUCUUUAAAGUACACCUAGAAAUCUAGUGUUCAGGGAUGCGUUUGCAGUCUUGUGAAAGAACUCAGCAUCACUAUUCCCAACUAAUAUCAGUGUUCAACAGUUCAACAUAGUUUGAGUAUGUAUGACCAGCUGCAUAAGUCACAUUUUAUAAGUUGUUUUUUUUUGUGGAAGAACUCGUUAUUUACUUUCUAAACUGAUGUUUCUAAUUUGUAUCCUGUACUGUACAUGUUCUAAUGUUUAUGUAGUUUCUGGUAAUGCCUUUGAGUAGCAUCCCUUUGUAUAGCAUUGCCAUAUGCCUGCACAUGCAAGUGUUGGGCAGCUGUGGAAACAUCAAAUUGCACUAACCGAUGCACACUGCACGCAUCAAAAAUGCUAAAUGAUAGCAUGUUCUAAUAUCUAACUGUGUAUAAUAUGUUAUAUAUUCUGAUUGAUAUAUAUUUUCUGAUGUCAGCACCCUGUCACAGAAAGCUUUAUCAUGUAAGCCUUAUUCUCCACCUGUCUCCUCCAGCACUGCCGGUUACAAGACCACCUGUAGUCAGUUUGCUGUAAAUAGUCUCGCGGAGCCCCUGGAAUGGAUAAACUAGGUUUUACAGUUGUCUUGAUUAAAUAUGUAAUAAGCAAAGGAACACUGCGCUUUCAAGCUCUGCACAGAAAUCAAGGGACAUAUUGCACUUUAUAGGUUUCUUCUAAGUUGUACGUUUUUGCAACCUGCUCAUUUUUGCCUAUGCAGACUUUGAUAAAUUUGAAUUUGCAGGGGCUUGAAAUGAGAUUUGAUAACAUAAAUUAUUUGUAAAGUGUAUUUACAGUGGAAGAGGCACCUUCAUGUUUAACUAGAUGUUUACUGGUUCUUCAUCUUUUUGUAAAUGAAAUGAAUGGUUUAACAGUUACAGCCCAGUGAAUAAAGAGUGAAUAACGCUG